UUCGCUCCCGUCCGCCAUAAACGAGCAUCGCCUCGCGACAAAAGCUAAGCUUAGAACUGCAAAUGCCCGCUCAGCGAACUCGCGGUGAGAGUUUCGCUUUCCCAUGGCCACCCUCUCUAAUUUUCCCUCCUUUUUGUCUCUCUCUUCUCGGAAUCUCUCUUUCCUAGACCAACUGCAAACGCAGAAUCAGCAGCCGAAGCUUCGCUGCUUCAGCCACCAACAGCACCAUCCUCGGAGAAGAGACUGCUCUGUCUGUGCUUCUUCAAUCAGGAAAUCCAGGGCUGGUAGAAAGACGAAGAGCAAUGAGGAGCUACUUAGCGACAUUCGCGAGUUCAUUAGAUCCGUCGGACUUGCGGAGGAUCAUAUACCUUCUACAAAGGAGCUUUCGCAGCACGGAAGGAUUGACCUCGCGAAUAUUGUCAGACGAAGGGGUCACAAAUUUAUACGAGAGCUUCUCACGACCAACUCAACCAAGACAGUUGAAAGUGGCUCAGAGAACAUUACCCUGACAGGCCAGGAUGGCGAGGCAGAAGAUGUAGUUGAAGAACUUUGUUCGCCAAACAAAGUUUUGGUCUUGGAAAAUUUUUAUCCUAGUUCAAAUACCAACGAUGAUUUUAACUCGGAUGACUGUAACUYGUCUCCUACAACUACAGCCARCUCAUCAGUGGAGGAAGAGUUGUCAAAUGAUCUAGAAUACAAUGAUGAAUAUAUCGAGUCUCAUAGGGAAAAUGAUGAGAAUGUUGUGAGAGUUGAAGAUAUGUCCUUGAAAACUGAAGCCACUGCCUCAGAAGAUUAUUUUAGUAGUUCAAAUAUGGGUUCAGAUGUUAAAUGCAAUGACUACACUGGAGAGCCAACUGAAUUUUCAACGAAUUUAUCAGUGGAAAAGCCUGAAUAUUCAUUGGAAUGUCAAAGUGAGAUUAUAGACAAUAUGGUCGAUGGAUCAUCCCUGUCACCUGAAGUCCUUUCUGGAGAAAAUUAUAUGAUAAAUUCCACAGUUGAUGAAUGUCUUGACAUGCAUCACCUUGAUGACAAACCUUUGAUUUUGACAGCUAGUUCAUCCUCAAAGCAAGAGGCAUUGGAUUGUUCAAAUGAACAGGUUGAGAAAGUAGAUAACAAUGUGGAUGGCGUCUCCUUAUUGGCAGAAAUGACUAUCAUAGAUGACAAAUCUAGUGAUUUAAAUAUUGAUAGAGCUCUGGAACAUGAAGAGUCUAGUUACAAGUUGAUAAAAUAUUCAAAGGAGUUAUCCCUGGCGGAGAAGGUGGCUAAAUUUAUACAAAAUGGAGAUCUAGAUAUGAUAGAUGAUAAUUUUGAUGCCAUAUUAAGUGAGGGUGGUGCUGGAAAAAGCAAUGGAUUCAUUAGAACAAUACAUGCAGAAGAAACUAAACUAAACUCUUAUGUUGAGGCAUGCUCAGAAGAGAUGGCGAGUAGAGGUUCUGUGAUGACAUCAAAUGGAACUGCACUGGAAUCYGAGCAUAUUUUGUCUUCCGCAACAGUCAAUCAAUUAAUUAGGGGCGAUCAACCUUCGACUGAAGCUUUAAGUGGUCAACUUGACAAGGAGUUGGGUGGUGAGAGAAAAAGAAAUGAGAAUCAAGCUGAAAUUGAUCGUCUCAAAUUUAUGUUGCAUCAGAAGGAGUUGGAACUGUCUCAGCUGAAGGAACAGAUUGAGAAGGACAAGCUUGCUUUGUCUGAUUUGCAAAGCAAGGCUGAAACAGAGAUCAGCAAGGCUCAAAAACUCAUUUUAGAAAAAGAUUCAGAGUUACUUGCUGCUGAAGAGAGUCUUUCUGGAUUGGAGGAGGUUCAUAUCCAAUAUCGUGGGGAUGGAGAAAUUGUUGAGGUGGCUGGUAGCUUCAAUGGUUGGCACCAUAGGAUUAAGAUGGAUCCACAUCCAUCAUCCAAUGUUGUGGACUCCAUUAAUUCAAAGAAACCCAGUCUCUGGUCAACAGUGUUGUGGCUUUAUCCUGGAGUUUAUGAGAUAAAAUUUGUGGUUGAUGGACACUGGAGGAUUGAUCCUCACAGAGAGUCUGUAACCAUGGGCGCAAUAAGUAACAACAUCCUCCGGGUUGGAAGAUGACACAUACAGUGAUGGAAGAUGGCAUUAUCGCCUUAGUUACAGACACAACGAUGAACUAUCAUGAAGUCGUGCACGGUCCCGUGGAACGAGCUCGAAGUCCUACCUUCUUACACAUGGGCGACAUGAAUCUUGUUUUUAGAGGCUAUAGUUAGUAUGUAGUUAUUUAGUAUAGGGCCAAUAGUCGAGGCGAAUUGAAAGCUUUCUUCUGGGCUCACUUGUAAUAUAAUCCUUUAUGCGGUUGUAUAUAGCAGCUACUUUCAUUGACAUUGAGUGGUUUGUGAAGCCAAACGGGUAGAUUUCAUCUGCAGCAAUUUUGAAAUCACUGCUAGAGACCAGGUUCUUCGAUUCCCAAUUUUGAAGGUUAGCUUCUGCCUUUUUUUUUAAUAGUAUUAUUUUUUUGUCUCC